GGAGCUGACAUUUGUGAAAGCAGUUCAAUCCGAUAGGGAAGUAAUGGAAGUGCGUGCAAGUGUUUGUGAAAGGCUUUAAAGAUACCGUGAUGACGGUAAGACUGUGCGCGCUGGAAAUCUUCCAGUUUAUUAAAAAAACGCAGCCUUUCUCGUCGUAAGCUAAUUUGUAGUUCCGUUCUCCGGCGAUGGUUGUUUUUGUAUCGGGGAUUUACACGAAGUCCAUUUAAAGACGGGAUUUUUCCUUCAAAUUUAUUUUAUUUUAGGGCAGCAGGGUUAUUUGCACACCCGCUCUGGAAGUUUCUGUGCGUUUUCCGUCUGGGUUGACGGGGGCACGGCAGCUACAGGAGGUCUCUGACCUCCCUCCAAAACACGGGUCGGUGGUUUCUCAUCUGAUCCUGGUUACCCCGGUGUAAAGGGAGCCGUGCGUGUCCUGUUCAAGCACAUAAAGAUUUACGUCCUUUCAAUUUUGCAGCUCAAGCCCUCCACGAUGAGCAUGGACGUGGAGCUCGAUGGAAUAUUUCUCGAGAACAGCACCAUUGACUACGACAACUACGAGUACCAUGAUGACUUUGAGUCAAGAGGCACUGGAGCGGUGAUCAUCCCAGUUCUGUACUCACUUGUGUUAGUCAUAGGUCUGUUUGGGAAUGGACUCCUCCUGGCUGUUCUGGCUCAAAAGAGGCGAUCCUGGAGUCUAUCGGACACCUUCAUCCUCCACCUGAGUAUUGCAGACGUCCUGCUGCUGGUGACGCUACCCCUCUGGGCUGCAGAGGCCGCUCAGCCAAAUGGAUGGUGCUUUGGGGCUUUUCUCUGCAAGUUUAGUGGAGCAGUUUUCCAUAUAAACUUCUACUGUGGCAUCCUUCUGCUCAUGUGCAUCAGUCUGGACCGCUACCUGUCCAUUGUCCACGGCACUCAGCUGUACUCCCAGAGAAGGUCCCUGUUUGUCCUCAUCAGCUGCUUGUUGGUCUGGUUCAUCUCCCUGAUUAUCACAAUCCCUGACUGGUUUUUCAUGGUAGCUCAUAAAAGUUCUACACAAGAGAAAACUCUGUGCUAUCAGCUGGCGCCCCGCCUGCUCCACCACACAAUUGGCUUCCUGCUACCUACAGCCAUUCUCAUUAUCUGCUUCUCCUGCAUUGUGCAGAGGCUUCUGCGCAGCCCUAAAGUCCUGCAGUCACAGAGGGCCUUCAUCAUGCUCAUCCUGCCCUUGGUGGGGGUCUUCUUUCUCUUCUGGAUGCCGUAUAUCAUAGUUUUCAUUGUGGGCACCAUCAAAAGCAGCUCUGAUGAACCUGGUAAUGAGCAGUCUGGAAACAUUAAAGGUUCUCUGCAAACAGCUCUGAUGGUCACCAAAGCUCUGGGCUGCGUUCACGCCUGCCUCAGGCCUCUGCUCUACCUUGGCUUGCGCGGAAACUUCAGGAAGCGAGCCAUGGCCAUGCUGAGAUGUGCUACAGUUGAGGAUGACGUCUCGCUGUGGGAGCUGGGUGUGGGAGAGGAGGCGCCACCUGACCAGAGUCAUGGUAAUGAAGAAGAGCAGAGACAAAUGACCAGUGUUGAUCAUCAAGUUCAGUCAACUCAGUGCUGAUGAAUGGACAAAGUGACUCAAAAGUGAUGUGAAUGAUCCCCACCCCUGCAGGGAAGUCUUAUCAUAGGUCAUGAGUUCAAGCGCUGGAGAACUAAAUUCAUCCUAAUGAUGGGAAGUAUAUAUUUAUAAGAAAAAACUCCCUCACAUUGCAUUUAAAUGUGAAGGUCUCCAAACCAAGGGGAACUCUAAUUUCCUGUCAUUUUAUUUCGUAAUCACUAUUGCACAAUUGUUUUCUGUCACCCUGAAUCACAUAUUUUUAUUCACUUUUAGACAUAUAUAUAUAUAUUUAUAAAUUUUAUUUUUUGAUACUUUUAUCCAUUAUUUUAUAUGUAGAGAAAAACCUAUGGUGUCAUUGGUUCCUUGGACAGUGUUAAGCUCUUUUCUUGGUCAUAUUUUUUAUUGUUUGUUUAGAGAAUUGUUUCAUAUAAAAAGCUGUGUAGCUUUGGAGAGUAUAAAGGGUCAACAGUGAAUGAUAUCUGUGGCAGAUAAAGCAUGUCUUGUGGCCUUUGUGCAUCCUUUUGCAAACUAACUGUACAGGGUCCAUAAAAAGGAUUUGCCCUCUUGGAACUUUUACCCUUUAAUUGCUUUGGGCAAUUAAUCAUGAUCAAUAUAAUUUUGCUUUUUUUUUUUUUUUUGACAAAACAACUCUUUAAUGUCGAAGUGAAAAUGACUGUACAAAGUUAUCUCAAUUAAAUAAAAGUAUGUAAUGUAAAAAGUGACUGCAUCAAUAUCCACCCCCUUUAACACAGUAUUUAGUAAAUGUACUUUUGGCUACAUUCACAUCACUGUGUCUGUGUGGAUUAGGCUUACACAUUUGGACAGUACAGUUUUACUUCAUUCUUCUUUGCUUAAUCUCUGUCAGGUUGCACUGGCAUCAGUUGUAAACAGCCUUUUUAAGUCCAGCCACAUAUUUUCUAUUGGAUUGAGGUCUGGACUUUGACUCGGUCACUCCAGAACAUUUACCUUUUUGUGUUUAAACCAUUUCUGUGUUGCUUUCGCUGUAUGCUUUGGGUCAUUGUCUUACUGGAAAAUAAUAAUUCUUCCAAGCCAUAGUUCCCUUACAGAUUGAAUAUGAACCUCCUCCAGGAUUUUACUAUAUUUUGCCAACUUCAUUUUACCCUCUACCUUUACAAGCCUUCCAGGGCUGGCUGCCAAGAAGCAUCUCCACAGCAUGAUGCUGCUGCCACCAUGCUUUACAGUGGGGAUGGUGUGUUUAUGUUGAUGUAGUGUUCGUAGCGUCUUGUCUGACAGUCAGAAAGUGCAGUUUUGGUCUCAUCAGGUGAAAGAUCUUUCUGCAACAUGUCUUGGUGAAUUCUAGUCCACAUUUAAUGUGAGUUUUCUUCAACAGUGGCUUUCUGUUUGCCACUCUCCCAUAAAGCUUUCACUGGUGAAGAACCUGGGCAACAGCUGUUGUAUGCAGUCUCUUGUAUCCCAGCUGCUGAAGCUUAUAACUCCUUCACAGUAGUCAUAGGUGUCUUGGUGGCCUCUCUCACCAGCAUUCCUCUUGCACAGUCACUCAGUUUGUGAGGACAGGCUGAUCUUAGUAGAUACACAUGUGUCAUGUUUUUUUUCUGUUUCUGUUAAUAGGGUCAACUUAACUCCAAGGGAUGUUUAGUGCCUUGGAUAUUUUUGUAUCCAUCCCCUGACAUAUACUUUACAAUAACAUUUUCGCUGAGUUGCUGUGAGUGUUCUUUUGUCUUCAUAGUGUAAUGGUAGCCAGGAGUUCUGAUUGACCAGUGACUGGACCUUCCAGACACAGGUGUCUUUAUGUGACAAUCACAAGAGACACAUUCCCUGCACUCAGGUGAUCCCCAUUUCACUAACUGUGGGAUGACUAGCACCAACUGGGUGAUCUUCUGUUGAAUGAGUUUUGUCACUUUAUAGGGGGUGAAUAUUUAUGCAGUCACUUCUUUUACAUUACAUAUUUUUGUUUAAUUGUCAUUACUUUGUCAACAUGUUUUUAUCACUUUGAGAUUAAAGAGGUUUAUAUUUUGUUAUGAAAUAGAAUUUUGACAAAAAGCCAAGUUAUAUUAACCAUGAUUGAUUUGUAAUAUCAAUGAAAGGGUAAAACAUCCAAGGGGAUGAAUACUUUUUAUAGGAGCUGUAUCUAUUCUUUUAAAACAGAUGUGUAGAUUAUGCUGGGAGGCAGUAUAGCUAGUUUUCAUUCUGAAAGUAGAUGAUUAUUGAGCUGAUAUAAAUACAAAAAUGGAGCAAAACCCAGUAUAUACUCAGUAUAUUCAUAUGCAAAUACUAAUUUAUAAAGCACAUCUUAUAUACAGUACAUAUGUUCAUUGUAAAUAUGGGGCAGUAGUCCUGACAGUAUCAGAAAGUUUCCUGUUUUAAAGCUCUCAUCUUUCUGACACUGUAGUUUAUUACCUACCUGCUGAUAACACAUCAAACUGUUUCACUUUUCUUUUAACAGAAUACAGUCAGGCAGUAAAGACCGUGUAAAUUCCACUACUGGGCAGUAAUUGUGUGUAUGUCUGCUUUAAGGGAAUUUCCCCUUUAGUGAAUCCCAAGGGCUUUUUCUUCAGCCUCAUGUGUUUUGUUACAACAUUACCACGUGGACGUGGCACUGUGGGCUGACACAAUCAGGUGGUGAUGUCACCAGUCAGGUGACAGAGAGUGAUACAGGGCGAGGAAGUGGGGGAGCUCUCUGUAGCUGCUCUGUGUUUACUGUCAUUUAAAGACGUGUUUGUUCAGCGAUGAGAGAACAGUGCCAUGCUUUGUCUGUCAGGGAAAUCAGCUGGGAAAGAAGAGUGGGGUCAACAAAUGGAGGAUAGAAGAGGAGAUAAAGUGUAAACGUCACAGCACAUGCUGCUCUGAGCUGUAAAUGUGUGGUUUUAUCGGCAACCUGCUCUGCAGGUUACAGCCUGUUUCUGUACAAGGCUCAAGGCGAGACAAUCACACUGACACAUGUAAUGAGAUCUGAAAUAAAGUCAAUUUAGAGUC